CCCAGAGAUACUGCAGAGAGAAACACACAGACCUGGUCUCUGUAGACCACAUGGAGGUAAUGAAGAUCCUGAACACCACCGCAGAUCUAGACCAGAUGGUCUACUCCGAGAACAGCUACGUGAGUUCACCUUUCUCCUUCAUCCUCCACAAGGCCCCUGGCCACCUCAGGAGCCCCCAACCCCCGCAGGGUCCCCCAGCCCCCACAGGGCUCCCCCAGCCCCCACAGGGCUCCCCAGCCUCCACAGGGCCUACCAGCCCCCACAGGGCCUACCAGCCCCCACAGGGCUCCCCAGCCUCCACAGGGCCUACCAGCCCCCACAGGGCUCCCCCAGCCCCCACAGGAGAGCCUGGAUAGGACUGUCCCGGGACACCUGGAGGUGGUCCCUGUCAGACCCAGGUUUCUACAGACCCGGGGAGACGGACUUCAGACAAUGGGAGUCAGGACAACCAGACGAAGGAUACAGCGAAAAACCCUGCACAGCAAUUAGUCAAUCUACUGGACGUUGGUCCGACUACGGUUGUGACAUCUCAGUGCAUCCAGUCUGCUCAGAGGUCAGAGUCUCUGCUCCACUUUCAGGGUCAAAUGUGACUUUUGUCAUAGUCCACAGUGGCAUGACAUGGACUGGAGCCCAGAACUACUGCAGAGCCCACUACACAGACCUGGCCAGUGUGAGGGACAUGGAAGAGAACCAGAAGUUGCAGGCGGUGCUAAGUAGAGGAGAUGUACGCUGGAUCGGCCUCUUCAGGGACCCCUGGAAGUGGUCUGAUGGAAGUAACUCCUCAUUCAGAUCCUGGAAGACCGGGCAACCUGAUAACAAGAACCCGAACCAGACCUGCGUGGCUGCAGACUUCAGCCAAUCAGGAGCCUGGGAGGAAUGGCCAUGUGACGUGGAGAGAGCGUUCAUUUGCUACGGUCCAGGUGAGUGGUACGGUCCAGGUGAGUGGUACGGUCCAGGUAGGUGGUACGGUCCAG